UUUGCUUUGAAGAUCUCUCUCUCGCCCACUGUAAUUGUAAUUUUCUUCCCCAGCAACUCUCACUUUCGCCCACACUUUCCAAAAUAUCUCCUUAAACCACAAUGCCAAUUAUUCACUGCUCAUUUCCAUGGAGGAUUUUCUCUCUUGAACCUUCUUCACCUUCAACUUCAACCCCCAUUUACCUUCUUGCUUUUUUCUACCAAAGUUUCACUCUUUUCUCCUUUCUCUGAGUUGAUGCAUCAUUUUCAAGCUAUUUCAGCUUCAACUGGUUGGUGGGGUUUUCUCUAUUUAUCAAGAUAAACACUGUUCUUCUUCUUCUUCUGCUUCUUCUCUUUCCUUCUUCUUUUCUUGUUUGGUUGGAGAUUCAGGAACUGGGUUUGAGUCUUCUUAUUGCAGAUGAAAGCUAUUUCAACUUGGGGGUGUCAUAGACACACAUGCUAACAAUCUUGGAUUCAAAGAAAGUUAGUGAUUACUUAAAUUUCCAAAAGGCAUGCAGUCAAUGACCUCUCUGCUAAAAUGAAGAACUUGCAGGUUCUCCCAUAGCACGGAAGAAUUACAAUCGUCAACUCAAGCUUCUCAUGAGCCCAAGAUUGAACAACCAAACAAUCAUACGACUGAUGCUCCUGUCACAGACUCAGGUUCAGCUUCUGCUUCAAGCAAUGAUAGCAAAAAGGUUUCACGACAGGAUAUUGAGCUGGUCCAGAAUCUAAUAGAAAGGUGUCUGCAAUUAUAUAUGAAUAAAGAUGAGGUGGUUAAAACGCUACUGACUCGGGCAAAGAUAGAUCCUGGAUUUACCACUCUUGUGUGGCAGAAGUUGGAAGAAGAGAAUGCUGAUUUCUUCAGGGCCUACUAUAUUAGGCUAAAAUUGAAAAAGCAAAUACUUCUAUUCAAUCAUUUACUGGAGCAUCAGUAUCAUCUGAUGAAGUCUCCCAUGCCUGCAAAGGUUCCAUUGGCUCCAAUGCAGAAUGGAAUCCAUCCAAUGCCUAUCAACAACCUGCCUAUCGGAUACCCAGUUCUACAGCAACAUCCCAUUGCAGCUGCAGGUCAACCUCAUAUUGACCCCAUGGGUUGUGGCAUGUCAAGUUGUCAUGUGGUUAACGGAGUCCCUGCACCGAGCAAUUUUCAUCCCAUUCGGAUGAAUUCUGGGAAUGACAUGGUGAUGGACCACAGCGCUCCUGAUGCGGCUCCAACGAUUCCACCAAAUGGUGUAAUGUCAUCCGAAAUGCCAGUGAGUCCGACUUCAGCAUCCAGUGGUCAUUUCCCCUUCACUGCAUCAGAAAUAUCAGGAAUGGGCACAGAUGCAUCAGCUCUUGAUACCGCAUUUACAUCUGAUGUGGCAAGUUCAGGAGGACUACAACUUGCACCAGAUGGCAGCAACGGAAUUUCUAGAUCGCUCGAUCAAAUUCAGUGGAAUUUUAGCCUAUCUGAUCUGACAGCAGAUUUGCCAAACUUGGGAGACCUAGGAGCUCUUGGAAACUAUCCUGGCUCACCAUUUUUGCCAUCUGAUUCUGACAUGUUGCUCGAGUCACCAGAUCAACAGGAUAUAGUGGAUGAUUUCUUUGCUAACUCUGAGCCACAAUGUUCUCAAUCAGAUGAGGAGAAAACUUAAGGUGAGGCAAGUUGUCAUUAAUUGUUAGGUUAGGAGAGAAUUAGGAUUAAUAAAUGUCAUCUAGCUUACUUUACCUGGCAUACAGGCUUACUGUUACCAAUGUGUAGGCAUCCUCACCAUGAGGAUACAAUGUCAGAUUGACAGUUGUAAUCUUUUGCAUUCUUUUCAGAAAUCUGUUAUCAGGAAUAGAUGGGGACAGUGAAUAGGAUGUAAUGUAGUUGUUUAAUGCAUUUGGAUAUAUUUAAUUAUACAUUGCUUGGAUUCUAGUGAAAAUAUUGGUAUCAUUUCUAGUUA